CAACACUAUACCAGAGGUCCUGCUGCACUUGACGUUAUGUGAACUGCACGAGAAAUAAAGUCAACCGCAGGUUGAUUCGAGUAUAAUAUAUAUGUUUGAACCUUAGAUGCAGACUUAGUUUACCUUUUUGUAUUGCAAUCGCUUGCCUCCUGAAACAUCACUUACCUCAAUCACUGCUCGAAUUUCCAGAGCAUGGCGACACUUUCUCAUUCAGUUUUGCGGUCCCUGGAGGCCAUCAAGACCCUCGAUAGCUCUCAGUUCGUAUCAUGCUUUUCUCCUGAUGCUGUGCUUAUUGACGAAGCCAAGCGUCGUACGACUCUGGCGUCAAUCCAAGAAUGGUUCGAGGAAGGACUGAAAGACCACCAAGCCACAAUCGACAUUAAGGACUCUGGAAUCACCGACGCCGAGACGUGGGUCCAUGCUAUAUUAGAUGGCAACUACGAGGCAGACUACGGUAUUACGGAUCCGUUCCCGCUAUACUUCCAUUACUUCCUACGGGAUGGGAAAAUCCAACUUCUUCGGAUCAACCAGAUUAGCCCUUCUGAACCAACUAUGCGCGCUGUUUGGGCCCAGUCUGGAAAUGAAAGCGAUCCCAUUUCAUCUCUCCGAAAUGAUAUCUUGAGAAUUCCUGCGGUUCCGGAAGGCUGGGUACGAGUCCAAGUCGCUGCGGCUAGUUUGAAUUAUCAUGAUAUCUUCACUCUACGUGGAUUUGGAAUGUUUGAACUAAAAUUUCCACUAAUCUUGGGGAACGAAGCCGCUGGGACUCUGGACGAUGGUAAAGAUGUUAUCAUCUAUCCUGUGAUGGGGAACCCAAAUUUCCAGGGCGAUGAAACCAUCGACCCAGAUCGACAUGUUCUCGGUGAGCUCACACAAGGGUCGCUAGCAGAAUAUGUUGUAGUUCCGAAACGGAACAUUGUCGAGAAACCGAUAUCAAUGUCAUUCGAGACAGCCUCAGUGCUUGGGAUUGCCUGGCUUACUGCCUACCGCAUGCUGUUCACUAGAUCAGGAUUGAAGAAGGGCCAGAAGAUGCUAGUACAAGGGUCUACAGGUGGUAUUGCGACGGCUUUGAUACAAUUAGGUCGCGCCGCGGGUAUGAUUGUAUGGUGUGUAGGACGAAGUGAGGAGAAACGAUCAAUCGCUACGACGCUUGGCGCGGACCGAACCUUCACCCCUGGGGAAGAGCUUCCGGAGAAAGUGGCUGCGGUUUUCGACAUGAGCGGCGCACUAACGUUCAAGCAUUCAAUGGAAUGCCUGGCCAACGGGGGUACGCUCGUUUGUUGUGGGCUGCACAGUGGUGGCCCUUUUGCUGAGGUAGACUUGAUGAAGCUGUUCACGCAAGGCAUCAGUAUCCAUGGGGUGUAUGCAGGGAACAAGGAGGAGUUUGAAAAGCUGGUUUGGUUUGUGGCAGAGCAUGAUAUUCAACCCUAUAUUCCCGUAGUGCUACCGCUGGAACAGGUCGAAGAGGGAUUGAAAACGAUUCUGGAUGGGAGAGUUCAAGGUAAAGUUGUGAUAAAGAUGUAGGGUGCAGGCCGUGCUUGGCUAUCUAAAAUAUUGGAUUGACAGAGACCUUAGCUCGAGUUGGCAGCCUUGACUUCCUCAUCCCUUUUCGCCUAGUUCCUGAUGUCCACGAUUCUCAAACCUUCUCCCUUUGGAUACUUUGCGUUAAAUUGACUUCAGUGUUGGGAUUUUUGUAGAUCCAGUAACUUCACCACAAUUGCUUGCAGUGCACGUUCGGGUGAAGCUCUUUUGCG